AUGAACGGCACGACCAACGGCCACAGCGCCGAAGUACCAGUCACCAAGAUCUUCGCAUCCUUCGUAGCAGAUGCAUCGCCUAAGCAAUUGACGCCCGAGCUUCGAACGAAGGUCAAAGAAGUCCUGAUCGACUACAUCGGCGUAGUAGUCGGUGGCAUGAAAUAUGCCGAAUCUUCAGCGCCCAUUUACAAUGCCAUCAGCGCACUCCAGGGCAAGGGAAACAGAGGCAAUAGCACGGUCCUGGGGAAAGGAGAGCCGCAUAUGUUGCCACAGUAUGCUGGACUCCUCAACUCGGCAUUUGGGCACUCGUGGGACUUUGACGAUACGUAUGCCGAGGGUGUCCUCCACGCUGGCAUCACAGCAAUCUCAGCCGCGAUGACACAAGCAGAGCUUCUCGGUGAAGGUGUCAGCAGCGACGACUUUAUGCUGGCCAUCUCGGUGGGCUAUGAAGUGACCUGUAGGCUCAGUCGAGAAAUUGGGACCUAUGCGUACGACCGUGGAUUCCACAACACUGGGACUGCAGGCAUCUUCGGAGCUGUAGCUGCCAUUGCAGUCUUGAGAAAUAUGUCGGCAGAGGUGGUUGAGAUGGCGUUCGGUAUUGCUGGCAGCAAAGCAGCAGGAUCGUUGCAGUUCCUUGAAAAUGGAUCCUGGAACAAGAGCCUGAAUCCUGGAUUUGCUGUUCAUGAUGCAAUCGUUUGCGUCGAGCUAGCUGAAGCAGGUGUUAUUGGAGCGACGAAGAUUUUCGAGGGCAAGAUGGGCUUUCUGAAAGGCUACUCCUCAAAACCGAACAAGGACCUGGAGGCAAUGGUGUCCGGACUUGGUAGUGAAUGGGUGUGGAUGAGCUCGAGUUUGAAGCCAUAUCCCGCCUGCAGAUGGACGCAUGGAUUGAUUGAGAUGGCCGGCGACAUUCACAGUUCUCGCGCGGUCCGAGCAGAAGACGUCGAAGCGAUUGUUCUCACAAUGAGCCCGCAUGCUGUCACCAUCGUGGGAGAGCGAACCGAGAACAAGCUUCGUCCUUCGAACAACAUAGACGCACAAUUCUCAGCGUACUUUCAGGCUGCGAACGCCCUUGUUCAUGGAUCAGCGACUGGUAUCCAAGCCUAUCAAAAACUGGACGAUCCGGCUACCCUAGCACUGUGCAGUCGAACGACGGUGGAGGCCGACUCAUCUCUGCAAGGAUUUGCCACAAGGCUGCACGUGAAAUGGACAGGCGUCAAGGUUGAUGAGAACAAGUUGGAGUAUCCUCUCGGUGAAACGCAGCGUCCCUUCACGAGAGAUAAGGUCGAUGAGAAGUUCCUUGGCCUUGCUGGAGCAGUGUAUGGAGAGAAGCAGGCGCGAGCGAUAAUCCAGGUCAUCGAUGGCAUCGAAGGUCAUAAUGUCUCGGAUUUGAUCCAGCUCAUACGCUAA